UCCCAAUUGUUUGAAUGAGUGUGCGUUAAUGAUUUGUUUCUUACUCAACAGCCGUGGUAACUCUCCUUGAUGAGGGAUCUAUUAGUGAACAAUCUAGUUCUGAAGGACACUGUACGAAGCCCUCAUUCAAGAGUAUCUACUACACCACUCUGGAGUUGUUCAAAUUUACGAUUGGCAUGGGAGAUCUGGAGUUCACAGAUCAGUAUCAGUAUAUAGAGGUCUUCUAUGUGCUGCUAAUUCUGUAUAUAGUGAUGACUUACAUUUUGAUGCUGAACAUGCUGAUCGCUCUGAUGAAUCAAAGAGUGGAGGAGAUGUCUGUAGAGAGCACCAGCAUCUGGAAACUACAGCGUGCAAUCACCACCUUGGACAUGGAGUGGAUUCUUCCCCACUGUCUGAAGACAAGGCUGCGCUCCGGGGAAGAGAAGGAUCUAGGCGGGGAGCAGGAGCCUGAUCGACGCUGGUGUUUCAGUGUGGAGGAAGUCAACUGGAACCAAUGGAACAGAAACCUGGGUGUAGUUACCGAGGAUCCUGGGAAAUGCAUGCCUGUACCUUCCCCAACUAAACUUCAGAGAGAGCCCAGCCGGCGUGGACUCCUGCAAACGUUCAGUAAACGUUGGACACAGAGACCACAACGCAGAGAUGUACAGGAGCUGAGUCCUCUAGCUGAGGCCUCUAGCUCCGUAUAAUGAUGCAUUUAUAAUCUGUAAUCUAUUGCAAUGUAUUUUACAAUUCCCUUUCAGUCCAACUGGUGUAGGAAAAAUUACAUAUUAUGACUGGUUUAAAACUUGAAAAAUAAAUAAAUAAAUAAAUAAAGAGUUGACACAUAUAUUGGUGACGUAAAAAUGUGCUAGAUAAUGAGAAUGACCCUUU